UUCACCUGCUUGCCGGCCACGACUGGCCCCCCGCCGGACAGCGCAGUGAUGAUGCUGCACUUGCCAGGCGAAACGCAGUCGUGGGGUCAGGUUUGGAGGUCCAGUCGCGGCCGUGACAAGUGUUCUUGCAGGACACCAGCGGCCUGCACAGGGGCCGCCGUGGGCGCGCACAGGCUUGUGUGGGCCGUUCGGAUGCGGCCUAACUCGGCCCUAGCGCCGUCAAUUCACAGCGACGCGUCGCGACAGAAAGAAACAACAAAACCACAUGAUCCGCCCGCCGUCCUAUCCGCGCCUCAGCUCAGCGACAUGCGAGACCGUGUCCCCUGCAAAGUAUCGAAUUCAUGCGCCGCUGCCUGCUGUCAAUCCAUUCAAUGUGAAUAGAAUAAUAAUAAUGCCCUGUGGUCUGUCGUCGUGGUGGUUGGGCAUGGUGCGUGCGUGCGUGUCAUGUCAUUGCGCUUUCGGUAAACGCGUUAGCGCAGACCGCCCGAUCGCUCUUUCCUUGCAAGUUGCAACUCCCCCCCCAGCGCUUGCCCUGUCCUGUCCUGUCCUGCUUUGUCCUGCCCAGCCCUCCCUCCGCCUGCCUACUCUCCCCCAACUAACUUCAUCUCCCGCCCACCACCACCUCUCCUCCGCCUCGACAUCCCACCCGUCGCCAGUCGCCCUCGAGCGAUGCCCUGAGGCACUUCGCGACAACACCCAUCCCGUCCUCUCUCUCUGUCUGUCUACUCUUUCUGCCAGGCUAUCCACCCGCCCAUCGCCCCCCUCGCACUCCUCCUCGACACCCACGCCGCCCCAUGGACUACGAGUAACCACCAAGUGCCCGCUGUCGCUUCGACCCGCGCCAAUCCACCGCUGCGACAACCACUUGCCCUCGCAACUCCAGUGCUGUCCGCGAUUAGUCCCUCUGUUCCUUGCGCUAUCACGCCUUCAGCUGCACGGCACCCUCGUCUUGUUGCCGCUGCUCCGCCCUUCGUACGCCGCCCUGAUAGACCGUGUAACCUCUUGUGCAGCCUCACGGUCGCGUUCGCAGCUCCCAAACACCUGUCAGCGCCCGUCUGUUCUCAUCAGCACCGCCCUGCAUAAGCGGCACUUGUCCAUCAGCAAUUACACUGCAGUACAUUCGUUCCUGCAUCAGCUCCCAUUGCACCUGUCAUUUCUCGACUGUUCUAGGAGACGCGUCCAUUGGUGUGCAAAAUCCGAGGCCCUGCUCCAAUUAACAAGACCUCAACGACCCCAUCUUCGCCGUCCCACAACCAUCUGCAAUAUGGAAUCCGAACGCCCUCAUCUCUCAAUCACCCUCCCGAGGAACUUCAUGUUCCAUUAUCGGGAUGGUCAGCUCCCACAAACUCCAGAACCCGAGUCUCAGCCUGACGAGCUCGUACCUCCCCCACCACCUCGACAAAUGCUCAAGGUGCGUCGUCGUCGUGGCACCUUCGCUCCUACCUCCCAAGCAAAUGACCUUGACAUGGUCAACGACAACCCAAUUCCGACCAUCGAGGGCCCGGAAUACCUCCCAAACACCUCUUCGGACCUUCCCAACCUGCACUCUUCAGUAGACAAAGAGCUCCUUUCUCCGCCACUCACCUUUGGACGCAUGCUUUCACCACCAAAAACUCCCAUUGCUCAAAUGGGAAGUCUCGCCAGCUUUGAUGGCCCCCAACACUGGUCCGAUGUAGACAAUUGUAACCAAAGUGAGUCUUCGAGCCGACCCACCUCUUCUGGUGGGUUCUCGGACUCUUCAAUUUCAUCGAGGGAGAGCUUUGAAUCGUUCCCAUCCUUGGGAGGAAGCUGCACCAGUCCAGAAGAAGAAAUGACCGAUCCUUUCGAGUUCUCUCCCGUGCAGAAACACCCCCCGCAACUGGAUUCCCCCAUUGCACCACGCCAGGCUCGGCCGCCCAAGACACUGAAACUAAGGGCAACAUUCACCGAGGAGAUGGAUAACCAUCUCUGGAUGACAUACCUCAAGUACUUGCAAGAUCCUACCGUGACCCCCUUCAAGGCGCUCCCCAGCACAGUCCCGCCAAAUGGCGUUUGCCAUCGCGUAGCCCGACUUGCCCGCAGGACCUGGAAAGGCGGAAAGUCUGCUCCCAUGUUUUCCAAGUUGCGCUCCGUCUCCCGCUACCAAACUCGAGGCGGCACUCCGGAUACGAUCAAACCUACCAAAAGUGGCAGCAGCACCCCCGUGCCCAAAAAGCCCUACGCCCGGCAUCCCGAUGAGAAGUCCACACGAAAGCGACUCCGCUACUUGGCUCGACAGAAGCCCACGCUUUCUGCCCACUACCAACGUCUCCUCCGCCGUUCACCAUCGCCCUUCCAAUCUUCACCGGAAGAGGAAUCUUCGUCAACUCGCCCGCCUGUGCUUUCGUCGCCAUUCACCCAAGUGCCUGCGUCAUUCUCUACCCGCGAUAUGAACGUAUCACUCACCACCAGCACUGCACCAUCCAUGCAGGCUGGCAAUCCCUUGGCCCAGCUGGCCAACGGUAUAACGCCACGACCAAUAGAAGAUCGCGCCAAUCUACGAGCAUACGCACACCAGAAGUCCCAGUCUCUCCACAUCGGCCUUGGUAUCGGUCUCGGUCUCCAGAACUCUUUCCAGACCAUGUCUCAGAUGACCGAUAUCAGCAUGAACCAGCACAGUUCGCGGACGUGGCAUGCGCCAUCUGCCCGGCCAUCCCGGUUAGGCUCGCCUCUUCAGUUGCACUCCCCUCGGCCUAUAUCUCGACCGUUCAAGCGACGUGCUCUCCACAACUUUGAGGAGCAAGCACGAAGCCGGGGCAACAGCUUCAUCGACCAAGUCUUCGGUGCUCCAGCCCAGUCUAGCCAUCGCCGUGUGCGGAGUCGUGGCUUCAGCCUUGGUGAUAUGGUAGAGGGUGCGCGACGACUGCCGUUGUCCACGACUGGUCCGACCGAGCUCAACCCGUUUGCAACUCUCAACGACAAGACGACAGCUCAAGCGCUGCCGUCGCCCGCCAACUCGAUGUCCCAUGAUUCUCCGGACCUUCAAGAGCAAGCGACUGUCCGCCUUGGUUCACCUUUCGGGGCUCGCCCGAACAAUACCUUCCCACGGGCCUCUACUUCAUAUGGCUUCGAACCUCCAGCAUCCUUUGAAGAGCGUUUUGCGAGCCUUCCUCACCAUUAG